UUAGUUUCUCUACAUGUUCAUUUUGAAGUUUGAAACUAACUUUUGACAUAUUUAACGUAUACAGAGAAAUCAAUGGAGGAUGAUGAUGAAUAUAGUGCACAUGAAACUAGUGUAGGGGUGAGUGAAUCUAAAGAAUCUCCACAGAAGAAAGUGAGGCAGUUAAAAUCAUCUGUUUGGAGGUAUUUCAAGAAGAUUGGUAGAGAUAAAAAUGGAGUGGAAAAAGCAAUAUGCAGAGGUUGUAAGGAACCAUAUAGGGUUGGUUCUACUCCUGGACCUAAUGGUAAGAACUAUGGAACAUCACAUUUGAAACGUCAUUUAAUUAAAUGUAAAAAGGUUAAGUUCUAUGAUUUGGGUCAAAUGUAUAUGGAUCAGCAAGGUAACAUACAAUCGAGAAAGAUCGAUCAAUUAAUUUCCCGUGAAAAGCUUGCUGAAGCUAUUAUUGAGCAUGAUCUGCCGUAUUCUUUUGUUGAAUAUAAAAAAAUUAGAGCUUGGGCAGAUUAUGUAAAUCCAGAAUUGGUAAUGCCAUCAAGGAACACUUCUGUUGUGGAUGUUCAAAAAGUGUAUUUCAGAGAGAAAGAAAAAUUAAAACAAGUGUUGGUGAAGAUUCCUAAUCGAGUUUGCUUAACUUCUGAUUGCUGGACAGCAGGUACUUCUGAAGGAUAUCUGUGUUUAACUGCUCAAUAUAUUGAUGAUAAUUGGAAGGUAGUAAGUAAAAUUUUGAACUUUUGUCGUAUGAUUCCUCCUCAUACCGGAGUUGAAUUGGCUGCAACUAUAUAUGAUUGUUUGAAAGAGUGGGGAAUUGAUAGGAAGGUGUUCUCUAUCACUUUAGAUAAUGCCACUAACAAUGAUAGCAUGCAAACUAUUUUAAAAGGUCAUCUUGGUUUGCAAAAGAGUUUGUUAUGUGAUGGUGAGUUCUUUCAUGUACGUUGUUCUGCUCAUAUUCUAAAUUUGAUUGUCCAAGAAGGUUUAAAAGCAGCUAAUGAUGCCUUGUUUAGAAUUAGAGAAAGUGUGAAGUAUGUUAAAGGAUCAGAUGGUAGAAUGAGAAAGUUUGAGCAAUGUGUUAAGCAAGUUGGAAUUAGUACAAAUUUGGGUUUACGUUUGGAUGUGACAACUAGAUGGAACUCAACGUACUUGAUGCUUGAGAGUGCACUACAAUAUGAAAAAGCUUUUUCUAGUCUACAGUUAAUUGAUAGAAAUUACUCAAGUUGUCCUACAUCUGAUCAUUGGAGAAGGGCAGAAAAAAUAUUUGGAUUCUUGGAGCCUUUUUAUGAAAUAACAAACUUAAUUUCUGGUUCAAGUUAUCCAACUUUCAAUUUGUACUUUAUGCAAGUUUGGAAAAUUGAAUGCUUGCUGAAGGAGAAUUCAAGUAAUUUAGAUGAAGUUAUUAAGGAAAUGGCUGUAAGAAUGUUCAAUAAGUUUCAGAAAUAUUGGAAUAGAUAUAGUUUGGUACUCUCAUUUGGAGCAAUUUUGGAUCCUCGCUUCAAGAUGCAACUUUUAGAAUAUUGUUUCUCAAAGGUGAACUCUUCUUCGGCAAAAGCGCAGGCUGCAACUAUAAAGUUAAAAUUAUACAACCUCUAUGAACAAUAUGCAAAUAAUCAAAUAGGGACAACUGCUCCUACUACUUGGUCCAAACCAACUGAAGAAGGAAGUCAAUCCAAACAAAAGAAGUCUACUUUGUUUGCGGAAUUUAAAGAGUUUGAGGGUACAUCAGUUUGCAUUGCUGGAAAGUCAGAAUUGGACCUUUAUUUGGAGGAAAAAAAGCUCGAUUAUCAGACUUUUCAUGAGAUGGAUGUUAUUAAGUAUUGGAAGGAUAAUGAAAAAAAAUAUCCUAAUCUUUCGGUAAUGGCACGAGAUGUCCUCAGUGUUCCAAUUAUCACCGUAGCAUCUGAAUCGGCAUUUAGUAUUGGUGGUCGUGUUGUUACCAAAUAUAGAAAUUCUAUCCAUCUUGAAAAUGUUCAAACUCUUGUCACUACCAGAAAUUGGUUGCAUGGAUUUACUCAACCUAAUGAGGAUGAAGAUGAACUUCUUAAGAAAACAAUAUCACAUGUUGAUUCAAAUGUGAUUGAUGCAUCUUUGAUUCUCACUGGUGCACAUAGGAGGACACAUGCACAACUUUCUCAAGUUGUCGGGGAAUACCAAAAGACAGGUUUGAUAAUGGCUGUACUUAGUGUUUUCAUCUUUCAGGACUUACGAAAACACUGCUGUACAAAUGAGAACUUACAAGGUCAUGCCGACAUUGAUAUGGAAUGCAAGGGAUUAUUAAAGAAUUGGGAGGCUGGGUGCCCAGAAUUCAAAAAUAUUCAAAAAGUCAGAGACGAUUCAACUCUUAAGAAAGGAGGGUGCUUCGAGGUUCAUGCUAUUGAAGACCUUGUUCAAGUUGGGAAGCAUGUUAAAGGCUGCUCAUACUUUGCAGCACGUUCCAUGGCUAAUGAUGCGGAGUUAGUGUUCUGUCCAUACAGCUAUAUCAUCAAUCCAGUUAUUAGGAGAGCAUUGGACGUAAAUAUAGAAGGAAGCAUUCUUAUCAUUGACGAAUCCCACAAUAUAGAAGACAUUUGUCAUGAUGUUGGUAGUGUUGAUGUUGGCAUGAAGUGUUUGAAUGAUUUGUAUUUUCAUCUGUCUCAUCUCGAGUGUUCUGAUCCUGAGACUUACAAACCUUUGAAAGAUAUGAUACUGAACAUAAAGUGUUGGAUGCAAGUUCAAGAUCAUUCUUUGCGCAUGCAAAGCUCCACAUGUUGGGCCUCAUGGUGGACUGGUAAGGAAGCCUUGAAUCAGCUAUCAAAGGCCUCUGUGACAAAGGAGUCCUUUUCCAAUUUACAGGAAUCUGUUGUUGCAGCAAUAAAUUCUGCCUCGGCUGUUGAUUGUGCUACUAUAUCUUGUUUCUUGGAAUACCAAGAGAAAGCUCCUGACCCAAGAUUGAAACAGAAACCUGAAACUUCAUAUCAGGAUUGCUUGAGCAUAUUUUUUCUGGCAAAUGAACACAUUGUCUUCAUUUUGUUUGAUCUCCACUCCAAGAAAGUACGCCAUCAGUCCAAGACUGUCAACUGGUGGAUUGUUUUCAGGCUUCUCCCAGUUCCAGUGCUGGUCCUCAAUGAAGUGGACAUCUCUACUUACGACAAUUUUCUCUGUUUGAGGUUCAUAGACCUUAUAUGCUUUGGAGAAAACACUGUAGCCUAUAAAGAUGCCAGGAACUGCCUUCUUGUCAAGCUUAUCUCGUUUAACCUGUGGAAGUCUGUUUUGCAAAAAAACAGCAGUGCUGGCAGCCUCCGCCCAGCAGUUUUUUGGCUACUAAAUGUUGGCUUUACAAAUUACAGCUUCAUGACUCUAUUGAUUGCACUUGCUGCAUUUUGCAUCAGGGACAUAAUACGAGUAAAGAUGGUGGAUGAAACUGCUGUAUACAAGCAUGCCUUUGCCUUUGAUUUCAUGGCCAUCAAAGCUGCCUCUAAAGCUGUGCCAAAGACCGUCUACUUGUCUAACAAUGAAGCACCACUAUUAGAAGGGCAUAAAGGAUCUGAUGGAGUUCUUAAUGGUGAAUGGGAAACUCCUUUGAGUUUGUGGUGCUUACAUGCCAGCAUUGUGUUCAAAGAAAUUGCUGAUUCUUGUCUAUCAGUGAUUCUAGCAUCAGGGACUCUAUUUCCAUUUAGCUCAGUUUCCUCUGAACUUGGUGUUACUUUUGGUAAUACUUUCCAAGCUCCACACGUUAUAGACGUUCAAAAACAGUUAUGGGCUGGUGUAAUCUCGAGAGGACCAACAGGUGUUCCACUGAAUGGAAGUUAUGCAACAUCUGCUUCAGAUAUUUUUAGGAGUGAACUUUGCAGUUCUUUGGAGGAAAUAUUCAAGAUUGUUCCAGGUGGUUGUAUUGUCUUUUUUCCAAGCUAUAGCAUGUUGAAUGAUAUAUGUCAACACUGGAAACUGUCAAAACAAUGGGACAGACUUACUGCUCAAAAGACCAUUUUCGUUGAGACAAGACAGGAUCAAAAGAGCUUUGAAACCACUUUGGCUGGUUACUUCAGUUCUAUUAACCAAAGGGAGAAACUACCGAUGGGAAGUAAUGAAAAGGAAAAACUGCCAGCACUUAGUGACAGUACUUCACAUGAAAACAAGAAACAGGGAGCUGCUUUUCUUGCUGUUUAUCGAGGAAAGCUUUACAGCCUUAUCUCCUUGAAUAGAAGCCAUUACAUGGUAGAUAGUGAACAACUUAAAGAUCGUACACUAGAUGAUCUUCGAUUCAAGUUAAAGAUGAUGUUCAAUAAUGCUUAUGCGAGCUACAGCGUCCAACUUCUACGUCUGAAUAUUGAUCUUGUAAAAGGGGAGGAUUGGUAUAACAUUCAGGCAUUCAAAGCUCUUAACCAAGCUGCAGGUUGCUGCAUACGUCCUAGGCAUGACUAUGGAGCUUUCAUCUUUAUAGAUGAACGUUUUUCUGAAAAAUCACAGAGAGACCAUCUCUCAGACUGGUUCAAGGAAACAGUAAUCAACUACAGUAGAUUUGAAGAUGCAAUUGAAAAAGUCUCUCACUUUUUCAACGCACAAAAUGGGUUAACGUGUGAAAAGUGUUCGAAAAGAGGGAAAUUGGCAAGAAAAAGGUCCAGUCAGUGCAUCGCCAAAAGGGUUGGCGACCCUGAAUCAGACCGCCAUUGGACUCAAGACAAAUUUCACUUGGAGUCUCGAGACAUGGCAAGACCAAAAGUUGCUGGGAGAAUCAUGCCACCCAAAGAGAUAAGAGCACAGAAUUUCAAAAUAAAUGAAGGGAGAUCAAAGCCUCCGAAGAAGGAAAGGCAAGAAUCUUCACCUGGAAACAAAGACAAGGACAAGAGGCCCAUUUCUGACAGGAAGACUACUCCCCGAGACCCCUUUAUUCCUUCAUGGGCCCGGGGACUUUAUACAACUGUUCGGAAAUUUUUGGCAAACACACACCUGUAG